AUGGACUGCUGCAAGUACGGCGAGUAUCGUGCGGGGCCCGCGCAGUAUCCCGGCGUGGGCGCACCCUGGGAGGGAUACUGUGCGCCCUUGCCGUAUGCACCGUAUACGCACGCCUACUACGCGCACGCGCAUGACCCCUACGCGCGAUACUACCGCUACAAUUAUCCCACGCACCACCCGCAUUCUGAACAUGUUUUGCCUAUGGACUAUGCAUAUGCGACGAAAGAGGUGCGCAUGCGACGCGCCAUAUCUCGGCGGGAGAGGCCACUCCUACCCGUACAACAUCCACACACUCCCACUCCUCCAUUAGAAUGUGGGAUGAACGGCCGAGGGCCUACUUACUGCGAGCCGCAAAUGUGGACACACUAUCAGAUGGGUGUCAUUGGUGGUGGCAGCUGGGCCGACGCCAACCCCACAGGAGGGAAUUGGGCAUCGCGAGGUUCUUGUUCACGCGAACAUGCACGAUACCCCUCUGACUGUCGCCAAGUGAAGGGUACCCAAAUUCACACGCCGAAUCAAGCAUGCUUACAAGACGGUAGAUCAACGCCUUACAGAACAUAUGCAGAUUCGGUAUACAGCGGAGAAGGGAAUGGGAGACAAGGAACAACACCUGAGUAUCCAAUAGCGUGUCCAACAUCAGUAGAUCCCAUGAGAGUGCGCAGUCACUUCUACCCGGAGCCUCGACGUUCGCCUCCUGAGGAGAAGCGACCGCCUUUGGUACCGUUGCCCGCCUUCCAACAAGCUUUCGGUUCAACUGAAAUAGGGAAAUUCGCGGAAGCGUUCAGUCGCACCGAAGUUGCACUCGACGAAUCAAGCGACAAUUUCCCUUACGAGUCUUUCUCUGAAUGGGAUAUUCCAACGGAACCUCAGUGGUCGUCACAACCCGCCUCACGUGAGAUAAAAUGCGAAGACAACUACUGAAACGUCAUCGCCUUAGCAUUAAUUUCAGGCUACAUCGCCUUAGCUAAUUAGACAAUUUUUAGUUUCAACACCAUGUUGCCAAAAGCGUAGCUACGACGAGUUUGAUGUUAUAGAAACUUUAGGAUGUGAUACAAAAAUUUGCUAUUGUGUACGAAAAAGUUUCAAUCGAUCGGAUGAAUAGUGGUGUGGCGUUUAAUUUAUAUAUACAUUAUGAAUGUAGAAAAUUAAUUAGUUAAUCCCUUUAACUAGUUUUAGAGUGAUUAUAAAUGAGGAAGGAACGCUAGUACGGGAUUUUAUGAGAAAUAGUAGGUACUGCAUUGCAUAGGAUAACAAUAUAAAUCAUGACUCAAUGUGCCUUUUUUCGGAGAACCCGGCCGUAAUUCGCGCGGCGUCGCUCCACUCCAUAGCAAUGGCGUUAAUAUGUGGAUACAAUAGCAAUUAUAGGGACCAAAGUUUAGACAAAUAUACACGAGACCCGGCCUCGGUGCAACAGUUGAUAACGUGCGAUAGCCUCAACGAAACAUUAUAAGUUAUUGCCACAAUUAUUACCUCGGCCAAGUUAAAUUACUCGAUAUUAUUUAACUAUUCUUAAUGAGAAAUAUUUAACAUAAAUAUUGGCAUUUUCAAAACUCGAUAUUGUCUUAACGGUGCGUUAUUAAAUAUUCUAAAAGUUCGAUUAACUAUAAAAAGUCUGUUCUAAGUUAAAUCAAAAUUUUUUAACACUUCCCAGUUAUCAUUAAUGUCAAGAUUUAAUCAAGGAGCCGGUAAGACGCCGCGCGGAUAUACAACAUUCGAAAUUUUUCAGGAAGUAAUAAAAACAAGUCAUGUACGUAGGUAUUUUAGGUAGCUAAAUUUGAUAAAAUUUUUAAAGAGAUAACUUAUGAAUAAAAUGGCUUUUUAAUUAAAUAUUUAGGGGUCCAACAAUGUCUAUGUAAAAUGUUUGUUGUGAUUUAAUUGUUCUAGAAUCACAACUGGAACCAUAACACAAAAUACAAAGUCCCAAUGCCUGUAACACUUUAGCGAUACACCAUGAUAUAAAUUAAAAAAGUUGGUGAUGAUAAUUUGUUGACCGCUAGAAAAUGUUACGUUAUUUGUUAUACAUAUUAAAUGUUCUAAAAUAUGUUGAUUGAUAAUAACAAACACCAUUUACUGAAUUCUUUUUUUUUUGUUGGUAAUAAAAUAAUUUUGAAUAGUCGAGCUACGAACGUUGAGCAUUGAUUUUGGAUGCGCAAAUUUAUGUCUACGAGGCAGAAAGUGGCAUUGGAAGAUGGAAAACAACCUAGCGGAUUACCUGUUGUUUUGUUUAAAAAAACUUUUCACUUGCAAUAUGUAUGGUAAUAUUAUAAUAUAAAUAAAACAAUCUUAACAAAUAAACAUUUUAUGACUUUAGUCGAGCUCAUCGUUCGUGGUUGGAACUGUGACAUUAUUAAAACGUGAUUUGCUUCCUUUAAAAACAUAGCAAACCCAUUACUAUAAUUCUUAUUUCUUAUUUUUAUUACAUAAAUUCGACAAAAUAAUAUCGAUAAUUGAUAUCUUCCAUUAAAUAUAUAUGUAACGGUCCGUAAAUUAUUACCAAACGUCUAAGUCUAAAAUUAAUUUGUUUGAGCUUAUAUCUGUAAUUACAUUGUCUUAUUAAUGUGCGGUGCGUGAAUUUACGAGUAACUUCCAUUGGUCUUCAUUUUUAUAAAAUAAAUCCUAUGUGUCAGUAUUUUGAAUCUCUUUUGACAGAAAAUAAAACAGCAAAUUAAUGGAGUGCCUUACGUAUUUAAUAUAAUAAUGAAAUUAGGAUGAAUGAAUUUUACUAUAGCAUAAUUUGAUGAAACACCAUGAUUUGUUAGCGUAAUGAAACUUCUUUAAACCGAGUAUUUCAUUAAUUGGUAGUUUGUAAUUGUCUUAAUGAAAGUUAUUUAAUAAUUAACUUUACGAUAAACAUACAAAUCAUAUAAACAUAUAUACAUAUUUAUUAUAUUUAAAUUAUGGCGUGCACUAACGAUUUAACGUGAGUGUAAAAAAAAAUAUUAUUAAGUAUUCAUUAUUUGAGUAGUUGAUUGAUUUUGAGUGUUAUAGUGUUUAUUAUAAGUAAUUUUUAAGGUUUUCUUUGUGAUAUAUCCUUUUGAUUUUUUCGAAUUUUCGGAAAUUGUAACGUCUAGUCAAAAUUAAUAAUUGUUAACGAUUCUUCCGUAAUCGUAGAUUAUAUUUUCAUGAGCACUACAUUUUUUACUUUUCAAAUAUAAAACUAAUAACACGUGUUAGUUUAAAGUCAAACGGAUUUUGUGCCACAUUAUUGUGUAUAUAUCAUACGAUAAACAUCUCCCUAGUUAAUCCUAUUGUUAUUUCUUUAAGAAUUAGUGUCAUAAUUUCAUUGUAGAGAGAUGUAAAGACCAUAUAUUAUAAAUAUUAUGAUUAACGUCUAGAUGUUCCACGAAUAGAGCUUCCCGUUCAACAAUCUCACAUUCAUCAAACCUUAAAAACUUGCUCAUAAAGCUUCAAAUAUCAUUCGAUCAUAAAACAUUACUUUGACACAUCGAUACUUUAAUCUCUAGCAUAGCUACGAAAAAAAUUUAUACAAAAAUUUGUAAGUAAUAAAUAUAUCUAAAUAUAUAUUUAUUUUCCUAUGUUUCCCUGCAUAUUAUUUUUAUAUAAUUUUUCACAUUAUAACAUUACAUUUUAAAGGUACAUUCUAAAUUGAUAACAAAGUAUAGGUCUUUAUAAUUUCCAUCAUUUUUAAGAAUUAGGCCAACAAAAUUUAGAUGCGUAAGUAUUAUGUAAAUUUGUUGAGACAGUAAAAUACUGAACAAAAAAAAUAAUGAUAUGAAGAUAGAAAAGAUUUAUGUACCUAUGUAGUUAUAAUAAUAAUAAUUAUUAUAAUCUUGUAAAUACUUAAUUAUAUUUUGAAUGUUUCACUCAUAUCAAUCUAGAUCAACUGUUUUAUUAGCAAAUUUUAAGGUUUCGAAUCCGAAAACACAGAUAUGUUUGAUUUAUGGACGUCGAUGUACGAUUUAAUAA